UCCUUAUUUGCUGCAAUUUCUAGCCUUUAACAAGCUGUUAAAAGAUGAUGACAGAAGAGACAUACAAUGAAGUAAAGGGCACAGUUUGUGUCACAGGAGCUGCUGGAUUCAUUGGGUCAUGGCUUACAAUGCGAUUACUUGAGCUGGGAUAUGUUGUAAGAGCAACUGUCAGAGACCCAGGAAACCCAGUGAAAACCAGUCAUUUGUUGAAACUACCUGGGGCCAAUGAGAGACUGACUCUUUGGGUAGCAGAGUUGGAUGAUGAAGGAAGCUUUGACAAUGUCAUUGAUGGUUGUGAAGGUGUUUUCCAUGUUGCAACUGCAAUGGAUUUUGAGUCCCAGGAUCCAGAGAAUGAGGUGAUACAGCCAACAGUGAAUGGGGUAUUGAAUGUAAUGAGAUCAUGUGGAAAGGCCAAGUCAGUGAAAAGAGUUGUUUUCACCACAUCUGCUGGGGCAGUGAAUUUUACGGAUGACUUUGGAACACCAGGCAAAAUAUAUGAUGAAACAUGCUGGACCAAUGUGGAGCUUUGUAGGAGCAUAAAAAUGACUGGAUGGAUGUACUUUGUGUCAAAAACACUUGCAGAAAGGGCUGCGUUUGAUUUCGCAGAGAAAAAUAAUGUUGAUCUCAUUAGUGUUAUACCAACAUUAGUGGUUGGGCCAUUUAUAAUGCAGACUAUGCCUCCCAGCUUGGUUACAGCAUUGGCGCUGUUAACAAAGAUUCCUAGUGAUAUGAGAGAUUCCUAG